GAGAAAAAAAAGAAAAAAAGACACAAACAUGGCGUCCAGUGCAGCGGCUCGGACAGCUGCUGGUACGGCUAAAGUUGUUAAACCAAUUUUCAGCCGAGAUCUGGAAGAAGCCAAGCGCCGUGUUCGUGAACUGUAUCGUGCCUGGUACCGAGAGGUUCCAAACACAGUGACUACCUUCCAGCUGGACAUCUCCGCUCGCCAGGGGAGAGACAAAGUUAGGGAGAUGUUUGAAAGAAACAAGCACGUCACCGACCCCCGCGUGAUUGACAUGCUUGUCAUUAAGGGUAAGAUGGAGCUGCAAGAGACCAUAAAUGUAUGGAAGCAAAAGACCCACAUAAUGCGGUAUUUCCAUGAGACGGAGGUCCCACGUUCAGCUGACUUCCUGUCCAGGUUUUAUGUUGGACAUGACCCAUGAACUGCACCCAGCACUUUCUUCCCUGGUUUGUCAAACAGACGUAGUCCCUUAUUGAACUGUAAAUAUAGUUAUGUUACCCAA